AUGACGAUAUUGGCGCCUCCACUGUCUUGGCGUCCCAGCCAAGUUACACGCAUUCAUCCUGCCGAACCUGCUCUCGACACCGCAGUCGUUCUCGUUCCCACUCCUCCCCCUCCCUGCUGUUCAGGGCAUCACCCGCCUGGCCAUGCGCAGCCCACUCCUCCCCCUCCCUGCUGUUCAGGGCAUCACCCGCCUGGCCAUGUGCAGCCCACUCCUCCCCCUCCCUGCUGUUCAGGGCAUCACCCGCCUGGCCAUGCGCAGCCCACUCCUCCCCCUCCCUGCUGUUCAGGGCAUCACCCGCCUGGCCAUGUGCAGCCCACUCCUCCCCCUCCGCAACACGUCAGCGCUUCACUCGCCUGUCCAUGCACAACCUACUCUCCCACUCCCUUACCCAUCCGCGCAUCCCACGCCUAUCCAUGCACAACCUACUCUCCCACUCCCUUACCCAUCCUCGCAUCCCAUGCCUGCCGUCUCUCCCACUCCCUUACCCAUCCGCGCAUCCCACGCCUGUCCAUGCACAACCUACUCUCCCACUCCCUUACCCAUCCGCGCAUCCCACGCCUAUCCAUGCACAACCUACUCUCCCACUCCCUUACCCAUCCGCGCAUCCCACGCCUGCCGUCUCUCCCACUCCCUUACCCAUCCGCGCAUCCCACGCCUGCCGCUGCGCGGCCUAUAUCACACAUGAUUCCUCCACUCAUCCGGCUAUCCCAUGCGCGUACCUCGAUGACGUUUAACUGGAUCGCGUCAGCCCACGAUUUUGCUUCUGUCUCCGUGACCCAUGCGUAG